AUGAGAACAUGGACCCAUGCUGCUGCCGGGAUUCCCGCCGCAAGAGCCGCCGCAUUGCUCGGCGUGCUCCUGCUCCUCUCCUCCGCGCACCCGGCGCGGUCGGAGCGCCUCCUCGGGUCGCUGCUGCGAUUCGGACGUGAGUUCGCCGCGACGCGUCUCAAAUGGCAUACUAAUAAAGACAUGCCUAUUCCUUCGCUCACGCGUCUCCCUCCAGAACCCGAUCCGCGCAUCGAUAUCUACGAUUCCGAAGCAGAUGCGAUCGACGGCGCCAGUCUCGACCUGCCACGUGGCCCGCCGGAGCUGUCGGACCCGGAGCUCCGGGUGAGGUUCGGCACCGUAGCACGACGCAAGGAGUCGUGGCUCGGCAGAGCGAUGGACAUGGACGAGGCGUGGGCGGCGUGGGACAAGGCUGUCGGAUGUGCCGCCUUCCGAACCAAGCACGCAGAUCUCAUCGCCCAGUACCAGAACGACACGUGGCCCCAGAGCAGCAGCUUCCAGGAUGCUUCUUCCCUGCCGUGCUCUGCUCUCAAGUUGCCUCAUGUCGCCAUUCAGGGCGAAUUACCCCGAGAUAUUCCAAACCACCCGAGCAGCACAGGGGCGGGAGGCAGGCCCCUAGUGGUGCAAAUGGACAUGGAGGGGCAUGGGGGCGGGGAAGGGCGGCCAGGGCAUAGUGCCGAUGGUCGUGGUAGUGGCAGCACUGGCAGCAGCAGUGGUAACAGUAAUGGCAGUGAUAGGGGCAGCAGGGGCAGCAGGGUUGGGGCGGACGUGAUGGUGGGGUAUGGAGCGGGUGCAGAUGUGCAGGUGACGUAUGCGGGGCAGCUGGAGCAUGCCGAUCGCAACCGCCAUGUGUCUGGCGUCAAGCGAAAGUCACCGCCUCUCAUCCACGCAGCAUCUCGCCCGUCCAGCUGGCGCGAGCGCAUUGGAGCACUGAUGAGGCGCAUGGCGCACAGCAUAGGCAGCCGCAGCAACAACAUGAAGGAGGAGGAGGCAGACGUGCUGGACACCUAUAGCAUGUGCCAAUAUUUCGGGGCACAUGGUCAGAGGGCGAACCUGGAUGGCGGGCACGCGCGCAACAAGACGGGCCAAGGUGGGAGCACGGGCACGCGCGAGGGUGAGUCUGCAGCAGCAGCAGCAGGACAGAGAGGGAGGGGGAAGGGAGCAUCGGGAGGAGAGGCAGGAGGGGAUGGGGGAGGAGGAGGAGGAGGAGGAGGAGGAGGAGGAGGAGGAGGAGGAGGAGGAGGAGGAGGAGGAGGAGGAGGAGGUGGUGGUGAUGACAAUGGUGGUAAGGAGGCAGCAGAGGAGGCUCGGCAGGAAGCUGAGAUUGCAAGGAGGCCCAUGAGAGGAAUUCGCACAGGAGGGGGGGGAGUGUGGGGGAGGAGUGAGGAGAGCUGGGAGGAGGAGGAGGAUGCAGGGGUGGGGAUGCGGGGCGGGGGGCACAAGGACUGGUGGGACCACUUACACUGCGUACAGUCACACUACCUGUUCAACCUCGUUAUAGAGUCACGCGAGGAGCGCGGCUUCGUGACUGAGAAAUUCUUCCAUGCGUUAGAAGCAGGUACAGUGCCGGUGUACUAUGGGGCGCCGGACAUAGACAGCUUUGCCCCUCCAGAUUCGUUCCUGAACGCCGAUUCAAUGCAUCGGGACGAACUGCGGCACACCAUAGUGGCGGCUGCCGAGGACCCCGUCAAAUACGCCAACUUCCACGCCUGGCGCAGUGCUCUCCCCUCCUUCCCCGCCGUCCGCGCGCCCUUCCCCCACCGCCCGCAGGUCAACGAGGCCGCCAAGCGCGUAUCCAAGCCCCCGCGCUCCUCCGCGCCGCUCUCCCCCUCCGCGGCCGCCACCCCCGUCGCGUCCUCUUCCCCCUCCUCCUCCCCCUCGUCCGCGUCCCUCGCGGUCUCCGCGCUCGACCGCGCGCCCUCCUUCCUCCCCGAGCCCGCCGUGUGGCGCCUCCACGCCAUUGCGCGCGUGGCUGCGCGCGCGGGGCUCUCCCCCUCGCUCAGGCGGAACUACCGCACCGUGCGCAAGGCGGUGCUAGAGGAAUCCCUGAAGCAGCUGGCAGCGGGUCGCUUCGACCCUCGGCUGGUGCCGACACUCGACUGGGAUGAGCUGGCAGCGCGGGUGGACCUGUGGAAGGCGUAUGCGCGAAGGGGCGUGCGCGUGCUGCUCGCCGCUGAGAGGAAGCUCUGUGAACGGGUCUUUGACACCGUCGAGGACAGCGAGCAGUGCUUUGCGGAGACGGCAAAGGGCAGCAUGGGGCGGCUGUUUGACUUCGUGGAGGCCUUUGCGGCGGGGCACAAGGCGCCUGAGCGCCUCUUCGCCAUGCUCGACAUCUACGAGACGCUGCAGGAGCUGCAGCCGGAUUUCAACGCGGUUGUGUGCGGCAACGGCGCGUGCCGGAGCGUGCGAAACGAGCUAUCGGUCGUGCUGAGCUACGUGGGCGUGGCAGUGAGAGGCAUUCUCGCUGACUUCGAGCGAAACAUAGAGCAGGAGGACAGCCGGCCCCCUCCCGCCGGCUCCGUGCACGGGCUCACCAGCUACGUUGUCAACUACCUGGGCUUGCUCUUUGAAUACAGUGACACUAUUAAUAAGCUGUAUAGCAGCAGUGGGAACGCGGUGGUGGUGCCGGUGCCGAAGCUGCUUCGGCUGAGGUCGGACGAGGAGGAGGAGGAGGAGUUUGAGGAGGAGGAGGUGCAGGGGGAGGAGGAGGGGGAGGAGGGCGGAGUGGUGGGGGAGGAUGGGAAGCGGUACUGGGGGGAGCCGCAGGAGGAGUAUCGGGAGGUGGGACGGAAGAUUCGGGGGAUUCUCAAGGUGUUGGAGGCGAAGCUUCUGGGGAAGGCGCUGACGUACCGGGAUGCAGGGCUGGCGCAUUUUUUCAUGAUGAACAACGUGCAGUACAUCGCACGCAAGGUGAAGGGGUGUGAGCUGCGCAUGCUGGUGGGGGACGACUGGAUCAGGGACCGGGCAGACACAGUGCAGCAGCAGGCAAGCGACCACAUCAGGGUGGCCUGUGUAUUCCUAAAGUCAGACGUCUCUCUUUCAUCCUCUCCUCUCCUCCUGUACUGCGCAGGUGAAGGGGUGAAAGGCUGUGAGCUGCGCAUGCUGGUGGGGGACGACUGGAUCAGGGACCGGGCAGACACGGCACAGCAGCAGGCGAACGAGUACCUGAAAGUGGCGUGGAACCGCGUGGUGGCGCCGCUCAGAGAGGUUCCCACCACCUCCUUCCUCAACCCCAAGGGCUCCCUCAAGGUAAUCCCGAGGCCGCCCUCAAGGUAA